GACAGAAUUUCUUCCAGAAAAAGCUGUCAUGAUGACAGUCAUGUGAUGUUGAUAUGGAAAAAGACAAGCUGAUUAAUAAAGUUUCCCAAAAUACCGGUGAUAUAUUUUCUAGGUUGUUUGAUCAUAGACCGUUUCUAAACGGCGAAGUUCAACAUUUCCUUCGGGAAUUUGAAGAGAAGAAAAAAUCUACAGACAUUGGACUCUUGCUGAAAAACUGUGAGAAACUAACAGAUUUGAAUGACUUAUUGAACACUGUUGUUAGUGACAAUACAAAAGAAGCAAUCUCAAAUCUUGUGGAGAGUAUUUCAAAAACUACUGCAUCGAUUGAAGCAGCUUCUUCCCCAAAGCCAAUUGAAGAAAACAAAUAUCUAUUAGAAAACGAAUUGUUGCGUCAGAAAAAGAGAGAAUUUCACAAGGAAACCAAUAAAGAAAAAUUGUCAUCUCUUGAUAGUCAUUUGCAAGAAAAAGAACAAGAGUUAAGAAAACAUUACCAACAGCUAGAAGAAAACCUAAAAAUCAAAUUAUAAUGGCGUUAACAAUCAACCCAUCUAAAGCACUGAGUGAAUUCAUCAAAUCACUGCCGGAAAAAGAUGACUACCCACCAAAUUUAAAAGAGUUGCGGAUUUCUGGAGAAAAAGUCUUGCUCACCAACUUAGACAUGAGAUGGAUCGGGAAUUACAUCAGAAAGAUGGAGAGUCCAAAAGUAUAUUUUCAUGAAUUAAUUAAAGGCUGUGACGUUGUGAUACCGUCGCCGCCACCAGAUCCUCCUAGAAAUAAAGAACUUGAAGCUCGGAUCGUGCGAUUACGCAAAGAACAAGAGCAGCGAGUGUACAAUAAAAUGAUUCAAAAUGUUUCUCGCACACCCGAAGGCAAGGAGGAAUCUUUUGCCGCCGAAAUGAAACUUAUUAACUCGCAGCUGAUUGAAGUGCUCGGAUUUGCUGUUUCUUUGUUUGCUGCCUUUGCUUUCGGUUUCACCGGAAUCAAUUACAUGAUAGGACCACUAGACUUCGGCAUUCGAGCUCUCUUGGGUGUUGUUUCCGCUUUGAUUGUGGCCAUCGCCGAACUGUAUUUCCUCGCCAGAGUUCUCGGUGAUUACGAGUUUUUCCACUUCCAAAAGCAAAAAGGCAAAUUGAAAAUUUCUUAGUAUUUUUUUUUCAUCUGUAUUUUUGCGUUUCGUAAUACAUUUUCUUUACAUACUA